CAUAUGUCAAGCUCGCAAUAUCACUGCAAUUGCUACGUGAAUUUCCACGUCCCACGCUCCGCACGCACAAGCACUUCUUUGUUCCCUAUCACUCUCUGUUUCUAAUCUUAUUAUAUAUAGAAGAUGUUCAACCAACAGCCCCAUACAUCCCAUCUCCACAAAUAAUACUUCACAUACAUCCUCCUCAUAAUCUCAGGAAGGGAAAAACUGCUUCGAUACAACUAGAACCAAGAGAGAAAAACAAGAAAAUGGAGAGACUUGCCAAAUGCCAAGCAAACUCUACGCCACUUACCCCCUUGACUAUGAUCAAGAGAGCUGCUGCCGCCUACCCCGAUCGCAUCUCCCUGAUUUACGAGGGAACCCACUUCACUUGGAGCCAAACCUACGAGCGUUGCUGCCGCCUUGCAUCCUCUCUCUGCUCUCUCAAUGUCUUCAAGAAUGAUGUCGUGUCAGUACUGGCUCCAAACAUCCCAGCAACGUACGAGAUGCACUUUGCAGUGCCCAUGGCAGGAGCAGUCCUCAAUACCAUCAACACCAGGCUGGAUGCCAAGAACGUGGCCACCAUUCUUCGCCACUCUGAAGCCAAGGUCUUCUUCGUGGAUUGUCAGAGCGUGCCCCUGGCUCGUGAUGCCCUCAGGUUACUGGUGGCCGCGGGUGAUCAUGACCCCUCGCAGCACCCUAACUCCAACAUCCCCCUCCUCGUCGUCAUUGAUGACAUAGAUUCCCCCACGGGGAUCCAUCUUGGGGAGCUGGAGUAUGAGCACCUGGUGCAACAGGGCGACCCCAAUUACAUGCCUGUGGAGGUCGUUGAUGAGUGGGAUCCAAUCGCCUUGAACUACACCUCAGGGACCACUUCAGAGCCCAAAGGAGUGGUCUACAGCCACAGAGGAGCCUACCUCAGCACCCUGAGCUUGAUCCUCGGAUGGGAGAUGGGGAGCGAGCCCGUGUACUUGUGGACGCUCCCCAUGUUCCAUUGUAAUGGCUGGACCUUCACCUGGGGGGUGGCUGCCCGGGGUGGCACCAACGUAUGCCUUCGCAGCCCCACUGCCCUACAGAUAUACCGGAGCAUCACACUCCACAGGGUCACCCACAUGUGCUGCGCCCCAAUCAUCUUCAACGUGCUCCUGGAAGCCAAGCCCGAGGAGCGCAUUCCCUUGGCCUCCUCUGUCCACCUCCUCACUGGAGGGGCUCCCCCACCUGCGUCACUCCUACAAAAGGUGGAGGCACUUGGAUUCCACGUCACUCAUGCAUAUGGCCUCACUGAGGCCACCGGUCCAGCCCUCCUGUGUGAAUGGCAGUCCAAGUGGGAUGAGCUACCCCAGGAUGACCAAGCGAGGCUCAAGGCCCGCCAAGGCAUCAGCGUACUCACUGUGGCUGACGUGGAUGUGAAGGAUAUAGCCACCAUGAGGAGCGUGGCCCAUGAUGGCAGGACCAUGGGAGAGAUCGUCUUGCAUGGAAGUGGUAUCAUGAAGGGCUACUUUAAGGAUGAGCGAGCAACCUCAAAAGCAUUCGAGAGUGGGUGGUUCCACACAGGGGACGUCGGGGUCAUACACCCGGAUGGCUACCUGGAGAUCAAGGACAGGUCCAAGGAUGUCAUCAUAUCGGGAGGGGAGAACAUCAGUAGCGUGGAAGUGGAGGACGUGCUGUUCAAGCACCCAAGAGUCCUGGAAGCAGCUGUGGUGGCAAUGCCUCACCCACGCUGGGGGGAGAGCCCCUGCGCUUUCAUCGCUCUUAAACCUAACUCGGGCAGCUGUGCAGUAACUGAAGAUGAGAUCAUCUCCUUCUGCCGGCAGAAUCUUCCCCACUUCAUGGUCCCUAGGAAGGUAGAGUUCCUCCCCGAACUGCCCAAGACUUCCACCGGCAAAAUCCAGAAGUUUCAGUUAAGGUCUUUGGCCCAGAAGUUCGUGGUCUCCGAGAAUGUCUAUUCCCCAAACAAGAAGCCAACUCUACCUCAUACAGAGUCCCGAUCACGAUACCAUCCUCGGCCUCGGAACCAUGAGCAGAUACUUGAGUUAUCUCGCCUUUGAAUUUUCUAUUUGAAAGAUUCCUGCUAAUUCAACAGAAAUUUCAGUUCAGGUAGAAAGGAAAAGGCAUUUCGCACUAAGGAGAGCAAUGGAGAGUACUCUACCUCUCAUCAGUUUUAUUUCUCAAUACAUAAUCUGGUUCUCUGUGCUUGAAGUAGAAAUCUGCUCCCGUGAACUGUUCUCAUUAUCAUUUCUUUUAUAUAUAAAACUAGAGGGUAUCCGCGCUA